AAGAUGAUGCUGUUGGAGAGUGGGCAGCUUCCUGCACUGGGGACGCCCUUGCUCCGGUCGAGACAGCUGCCAGCAGCAGAGUGGUGGGGAAGGAUGAGAUAACUAUUGUAGAUGGCCUGGGGUGUGACAAGCUGGGAGCGCCGGUCACUUACACAGGAGGAGACAGAAGAUGUGCACGUGAAGGAAGAGCCAAUGAUGCAGAAUCCUUUGGAAACAGUUUUUGUCACUGUAAAGGAGGAGAUGGAGACUGAGGAUGUGUGUGUGAAGGAAGAGCCAGUGACUGCAGAUCCUUUCAAAACAGAAAUUGUGACUGUGAAGGAGGAGUUCGAGAGUGAAGAUGAUGCUGAUGGAGAGUGGGCGGCUUCCUGCAGUGGGACUGCGUUUGUUCCUGUCGAGAUAACUAUUGAAGAUGGCCAGGGGUGCAAGCAGCUGGGAGCCCCAACCACAUACGCAGGAUUUGUGAAAAGCAAUGUUAUGCAGUGCAUGGAGGAAGCAAGGACUCAAAAUGAAAAACCACUGUCUAAGUGCUUUGAUAACUACGAAAUAACAACACGCUAUAAUUGCUUAUUUCAGUCAGCCCAGUUUGAGACCUUGAAUUUGAGGUUGGAUAAAAAAGACGAAGAAGAACUUCAAUCAAUCGAUGAUAAAAAUUUACCUUCUAUAGUUGCUAACAAUAGCAGUGUUGCAAACAUUGGUGAGAAGCGCUUUCCGUGUUCUGUUUGUGGUGCUAAAUUCAGACAAUCUUAUCUUAACAGCCAUAUGAGGACACAUACGGGUGAGAAGCCGUACUCGUGUUCAUUUUGUUCUGCUAAGUUCAAUCAAAAUUCUCAUCUGAGCAUCCAUAUGAGAACACAUACUGGUGAAAAACCAUUCAUAUGUUCAGUAUGUUCGGCUAAGUUCAGUCUAAAGAGUAGUCUUACUAAGCACUUCAGAACCCACACGGGUGAGAAACCAUACUCAUGCUCAUUGUGUCCUGCUAAGUUCAAUGAAAAGAGUAAACUUGUUAUACACUUGAGAACACAUACGGGUGAGAAGCCAUUCUCAUGCUCAUUAUGUGCUGCUAAUUUCAUUAAAAAGUGGCAUCUUAGCAGUCACAUGAGAAAACAUACUGGUGAGAAGCCGUACUCAUGUACACUUUGUUCUGCUAGGUUCAACAGUUCUAGUAAUCUUGCUAGACACAUGAGAACACAUUCUAGUGAGAAACCAUCUUAAUGUAAUGGUUUUCAGCUAAGGUGACUCAAAAAGCAGUCUAAUUAUGCAUGUGAAAAUGAUGAGAAGCUGUAAUGGCAUAAUAAUGUGAUUAUGUACAGUUCAUAGAACACUUGUAGAAAAUUUUAUGUUUGUUGCUUCAUUAUUUAUUUUGUAGAAUUGAAUAUUUUUUUUUAAUGUAAUGUGAAAAAAAUUUGCUUGAAAAAUUUAAUAAUAAUUUUUGGUACUUAUUCUCCUUUAACAAAAAAUGUAAAAAUGGCGGACAUUACAUAACUAAUAACAGAAAAUAUAACGAAAUAUCUGUUUCACAAAAUUAUUACUGUUUGACUGUGCAACAGAAUAAAAUUAUGAUUCUUGCAGAACAGAAAAUACCAAUUAGAAAUUCCCGCAAUUACCUAAUAACUGGGUACAACAUAAAAAAAAACUUUUGUACAUGUUCGCGUGAGCCUACCACUGAUGAACUGUGGUAAAAUUAAUAUUACAAUUUACAUUCCAAAAAUAAUUACUUGCAACCUGGCUCAGACCAUGGUCAUAAAGUUGAAAGUUGUCUCUUAACCAUGAAUGAUUAAUUAAACAUGGGAGCUUUCGCCAGUUGGUACAGUAGUGAACGAACAACUAAUUAAAUGGUGGACAUGUUCACCUUUGUGUCCACAAGAAAGAGGUGAACUUGUUUCCAACACAUCUUCUACACAUUAGUCAAUCUCAAAGCUUCUUAGAAUACAGAAAACCAUUCACAAUCCACUGUGUGUAUCUUACAAUGUGGAAAAUAUGUAUCACUUUCUCACAAAAGACCCAUCUGCCUCUCUCUGUCUCUCUUUAACACUCUUAUGUAAUUUCAAGAGAGUAUCUUCACCCUGCUAAUAAAAAUACUAGUGGAUUUCUUAUAAAACUUCUUGUAUAAACAUUGAAAAUCCAAUAGGUGGCAAAAGUUAAAAAAAAAAAAAUAAUAUUUUAGCAAAUUAAAUUAAGUAAAUGUUGAAAAAUAGUUUAAAAUUCUUAACACAAUCACAAAAGAUCAUUAACUUGCAUCGCCAUGACGCCGAACAUAUUAUAAUCAUAUAAUCUAAUGGUACUAGGUGCUGUCUGGGCUCAAAGUCUUGGGAGAUGAUUGCUACUAGGCAUUCUCUUGGUCAUCCUGUUGCCCUAUGUUUGAGUUUCCAUUCGUACUCAAGUUGGAAGUCAUGUGGUAUCAUCUCAAUGGAAGCUUGUUUGGUAUUCUGGAACUAUUCGAGUCAGGUUGUGUGGCGCUAAAGCAUUCGUAAUGGAAGUUGACGGUCCGCACCCUCACAUGUGUAUUGUGAGAAAUGCUGCUGAAUACAGAGAGCUGUUUCAAAUGAAUAUAUACAAAUAACAUAAAUACAUGUCAAAGUCAUUUUAAGGUGAUACUUUUUGAAACUAUUAGCUGAGGUAAUGAUUCUGCUAGGAAUGUUAUCUACAAUCUGAAAUAUGAUAUGCAAUUUGCAACCAUAACCUUUUCUUGUUCAUGCGUUUAUAUCCCUAUGACAUAAACAAAUUCUGUUUUGUGACUAACAUGUUAAUUUUAUUAUAAUUUUUAUCACAAUAUAAGUAACGUUCGAUUGUAUGCUUUCAUUUGUAUAUUGAAUAAAAUCUAACCGGUAACUGAUAAUUUUUUUAAGCAGCAGCUUCUGAGUGAAAUAGUUUGAUAAAAUUCUAAAACUUGUUUUGGAAUACUGCUUCUUCUUGUUUACUCUGUAAAGCAGCAUUAUGAUAUUGUAUAAUUAUAUUUUGGUAUGAUUGAUGUAAUAAUAUUUUACUCUUGUAGGGAGGAAUUGGUUCUAUUUGUAGUGGUAAUUGUAGAGUAAAAGAUUUAGGUUGGAUCAGGCACAUAAUUAAAUACUCUUAGCCACUGCUCUCAAAAUCCCAUGUGUAAAUUAAGUAUUUAAUGUUUGAUUGAUACUACAUAAUUAUUGAAAAGGAAUUUUUAAUCUCUGUUUCUGGUAUGUACUAUUCAAAUACUUGACUGUUACUGUUAAUUGCAUUUUAAAAUUAAUUUCCAUUUGUAAAAUUGUUGGUAUUACUACCAAUAAACUUGAAAAUAGACAGGGGUACAAAUAUGUUAAGGCACCUUCACAUUUAUACAUUUUUAUUUAUACCAAAAUGUUAAUAUUAACGACAAAAUUCUGUAGUGCCGAUUACACCAUGAAGAAGAUUGCUCCUUUCUUCCAGAGCAGUCCAUAGCAAUCCUACACAUAAUGUACCAGUUCUAACAAAAAAAAUUGAAAUAAUGAAUUUAACUUUAUUUAACCUUGGCGUAAAAUACUGAACAUAAUCAAUAUUAUAAUACUGACCCUUGAGUGUGUGAAACUCACUCGGCAUGAGUCCUGAACACGAAUUGAACUACCUUUAAAUGAUUAGUCAUUAAUGACAUUUAAUAUUCCGCAAUCCACAAGCAAAUAAUGAACUCUAAAUUUUGUAUUACUCUCCAAUAUUUACUGUCUCUAGGAAAAGCUACAAGUUUGCAAAAUACUAGUUUCAACUCUGAUUGACGACUAUUUAUAAUAUUUAGUCUUAAACAAACAGUCUUAAAUACUGCCGGUACUUGCCUUGUUUCUUCCAUGAAAGCAACGAGUAUCACACUCACUCUCCCACAUUCCUGAUGGUAUGAGUCUCCAACUCACUCAGCAACAGACUUCUCUGUAGCACUCAUUUAGCGAACAGCGUGCCUGCCACAUUGGCUCCUUGCUCAUCCAGCAACCGCCAUAAAGCAGCAAGUCUCACUCGCACUGCAGCUGUAAUAUAGCAGCGAGUUUCCCACUCACUUGGCUCCUGACGUCUCAGUAGCACUCGCUUUGCUACUGAUGUUUUGGUAGUACUCGCUGUGUGACCGAUGUUCCUGCCACAUCAAGCGUCCACUUGACCAGCAGUUGUCAUGAAGCAGCGAUUCUCACAGUCACUUUGCAACCGUUGUGAUGCAGUCACUCAGAUACUGACAUUUCUUCAUUACUCAUUCUGCUCGCUCAGCAUCUCAGUUGUGAAGCAGCGAGUCUCCCACUUGCUCAGCUACUGACGUAUCUUCGGUACUGAGUCUGUAACCGACGUCCCUGCCGUAUCGAAUCCUCGUUCGACCAGCUAUCGCUGUGAAGCAGCGAGUCUCCCACUCCCUCAACUACUGGCAUCUCAGUAGCACUCGCUAUGCUACAGACACGUCAGUAAUACUCGAUCUGCGAUCGACAUUCCUGCUGUAGCGAGUUCUCAAUCGUUCAGCGAUUGACCCAAUGAGUAGUACAACAAACUGGUACUCGUUCGGACAGAGCUUCUGCUCGUUCAUUCCUCGUCCUUAGUAGUUGUUUCAUAGAGCUUCUGACUGCUCGUAUGCCAAAGCACUCCCAGAGUAAUGUCAGAUGUUCUGCGUGUUGACUGACUGAGGCUGCUAACUGCUCGGGUCUAUAUAGCUGUCAGCUGCGAUGACGUCAGGUGUGUGUUUGCUGCUUGUCGCUGUGCCCCAGCCUACUGCUGGAACCACUUACACUAGGUAUCUUACACUAGGUAAGCAAUUUGCAUAUUUUGCACAAACCAUACCGUGUUUCAGAGUAAACACAGCACAGGGAUAGGAAAUUUAUUAUGACUACACACCAUAGCAAAAUAAAUAAUAUACAGGCUGUUUGGUUAAAGGACCAAUACAAUUUUUUGAGGGAUUGGGGUGGUCUGUGCUAGUUAUUACCCAUAGACCCCUUUUCCCAAGUGUUAUGGUAAUGGAGAUAUGUUUUUUUUAAGUUUAUUUUUAACAUUAUCCAAAAUCUCACCUUUUAGUCUUCUGAAUUUUUUUGUUUCUGGUUGUAAUAACACGGAUAAUGUAUUUUAUUUUGUAUUCUGCAAUGUAUUUGUAGUCUAAAUAAAUCUUAUUUAAUACAAUUGGUUUCAAGAAAAUGACUUAUGUGCUUCCAAAGACAAAAAUUGUGUAGAUGUGUGAAACUAUAUCAAAUUUUAAAUUCAUUUAUAAAAAAAAAUAAUGUUAAUUUUAAUUUAGCUUUAUUUAAAACAAAAUUCUUUAGUUUAUACCUUUUCCAACUAUAUGCUACAUAUAAUAGAAAUCAUUCAUUAUGUGGUCAUAAUAUCAGAUAUGAUGUAGCUGCCAGAGUCAGGGUUAAGAAAAGAUUUGUUGUGUUUUAUGAUGUUUUAAUUAAAAUUAGUUACAAAUCUUGCUCAAAUUGACGUCCUCCAUACUGUAUGCAUGCAUGAUACCUAUUUCUUAUUGCAACUGUUAUUGUACAGGUAUGUAGUUGCAGUUCUGCUUUCAUAGUUUCGAAUGUGUCGUUAAUUGUAUUAGAACGUCUCUCGCGGGCACCUCUGUUGCAUCAACUUGAUUCCUUUGUACGUUACCAGACAUAGAAAUCCAGGGGGUGACAGGUUUGGGGACCGUACAGUCUAAGGGGCCGCCUCUUCCAAUCCACAAGUUAUUUAAAUGCUCUCGGAUAUUUAGGUGAUAAUGAGCCGGACAGCCAUAAUUUGGAAACACAAUCAGCACACCUUCUUCUAAAACCGGUAAAACUAUUUAGGGUAGAUUGCUUAUUAAAACAUCUAGAUAAAUGUCUCCAUUGAAGUGUUCGGGCAAUAAAAAAUGGGCCGAUGAGAUUUUUGGUCCUUUUUAUCCCAAUGGUGCAGAUUGUGCAAAUUUACUAAUCCCGCAAGGCUAAAUUUUGACUCAUCAGUCCACAAAAUUCUUUUGAAAAAAUUGUUAUCUUUGACAUCUGUGUGGAGUAUAAAUAUGCAGAACUUUAGCCGUCGAGCAAGAUUACGCUGUUCGAGAUCUGGAACAGUUAAUUAAAUUGGUGAGAUUGUGACAAUUACUCAAAUGCAAGACGUUUUCCGUAAACUGAUUUAGAAGAAAGUCAACAAUAAAAUAACUUUUGAACAGCAAAAACAAACACAAUUAAAAAUCAUUGAAAUUAUGAAUGUACAUAACUUUAGUGUUUUACUUGAAUAAAUGACUAGUGAACACCCGUAAUUGACAUUUGAAAUUAGUUAUAAAUGUUUUUACGUCAUGUUGAAAAGUAAAUAAGUCGUUUGUUAAUUACUUUGAACAGGGGUAUAAUGAAAUGCAUGCCUCCCAUCUUCCCGAAGAAUCAUCCAGACUUUCCAAACUGAUAAGCCAAGUCUUUCAGCAACAACUUGUAUGCUUGUAGGAUCCUCAUCGAAAGCCUGAAGUAUUCUUUGAUCUACCAGCACAUGAGGUCGUGCAUGUUCACUCGAGGCUCUUGAAAAUCUUGGUUUCCGGUCUCCCUCAAACUUUGAUAAGUUGCUGAAAAGGUCUCGUGGUGUGGCGAACGUUGAUCAGGAUAUUGCUCCUGUUUGUUGUAUUACAGCAGUUAUUUGGCUUAUCCAAAAAUAUGGUAAGCUGAACAGGUCAUGGUCUCAGUUAGUUCGGAUUAGCAGGAUUGUUCUGUAUAUUAUCUACUUAUUUUGCGUAAGGGAAGUGCCUCACAAAUUGUUUAUGUAAUAUGAGUUAUAUAAAUAUGAGUAUCCCAGCAGGAUUCAUAUAUGAGUUUGUACCAGACUAACACCCUACAUUAAAAAUACUGUGAAAUUGUGUAAACAGUUGAUUUUGUUGGGUAAUGUUUGCUACUUAAAAAAUACUAGAAAAUAAUAAGAACUAUUGGUUACUUCAAGAAAGCUGUAUAUUGAAAUUGGUUACACCCUAUCAAUAGUUGAAAUGAUUUUGCAGUAUUUUAAAUGUACCUAACGUAUCCUAACCAGCCGUCCACACUAUCUUAAAGUAUUUGAAAUAUAGCCAACCUAACCCAACCGAUUAUUCACACGGUAUCACAGAUUUGUGCUUUUAAUGUGGGUCUUUGCAGAUAUAUUCCAGAUCCUCUAAAAUAUCAUGCUCUUCAUUCCCAAUAGGUCAGAAGUUUACCUGCUUGCCUGCUGUGUAAGAGGAGGUAGUGUUUGCAAUUCUACCCUAAGAUAAAGAAUAAACUAUAUAUAUCAGCUGAUUCCUCCAAUUAUUAUUAAUUUCUGUUAAUAAUCGUGUUCUGUUAUCUUUGAAGUGGGCUUUAGAACGUGGACAGUGAUUUCCUUCUAAAACGUAUUCCGAAAGUUAAUUUAAAGCUGUAUGAUUAUGAUGUGUUAAUUUUUACAGAAAAACAAAUGUCCCUUUUGGGCAUUUAGCUCUAAUAUAUACAUAUUUCUAACUAACAUCGGUGCACUAUUCUGUAAUUGAAUGCUUCAGCGUAUCAGAACUCAUGCUCUGGGCUUUGCUGGCCUUUCGAUCAUAACUUUUCCCUACAUUAAACAGUGCAAUUAAAUAGCAUGAAAAGGUAGAGAAAGUGUUUAAGAACCUCUCAGCAGAUUUUACAUGCUUCUUAGGGAUAUAUGUAUAAUAGCUAUAAUUCGUAUUUGUGUACGCCAAUUUUGGAAUAUUCAGAGUUAGUUUUACUUUGAAAACAUUUGCAUUGUAAGAAAAUAGCUUAGAAUAUUUAUGAAGAAUUACUUAAAAAGAUUAUUAAUGAGAUUUUUAUGCAAAACAUUUUUUUGAUUAUGUUGUAAGUUUUGUGGAACGUUCAAGUAUGUUGUAACAAUAAUUCAGGACCACUUAAUUCUUCAUUGCUUGGUUUUUUUUUUUCUGUUUUAUGAUAGGCCAAUGGCAUUACAUUAUAAUUAUUAAAUGCUAACUGAAAUACCUAAUUUAUGUGUAAUGAGUGAGUGUUUUUGUAAUUUGUAUAUGUGUUAUAUUAUUAUUUUGAAGUGUGUAUUAUUCAAAAGUGAAAAAGGGCAAUCAUAAAAUUAUGUGUUAUAUUUUUCAUCUGUAAUGUACAAAAAAAAUUUCUGUAUUAUGACAAAUUAAAAUUGAAUUUCUUCCAAUGUAUUAAAUGAAUACAACUGAAAUUUUUUGUGGCAUAGUGAUUUUUUUUAUCUUCUGAAAACUCUGAUUAAUGUAUGUAAAACAUAAAAUAAUUGGCUGGAUAUAGCAUUUUAUGAGCAACAUAACAGGGUGGGCAGAAGGUAGUAGUAGGAAAAACAUACUCCUGUAGUUGGUAGUACUGAAAAUAAUUGUAAACACUUGGGUCAGCCACUUGCUUUCCUAAACUUUGUUGUCCGUGGUAUUGUUUUGUGUGGAAUCAUCUUAAUUACAUAUGCACCCUUUCAUAGCAACAUAUUAUUGUGAUAGGGUGAUGAUCAGGUGAAUACUUUCUUUAGAGAAAUAGUUUGUAACAUUGGUAACAUUGUUUUCCAUUAAAAGAUUGUGCAGUUAUUGAAAUAGUGUCCCCAGUGUGUGUAAUGUCCUAACCAUAUUAGAUAAGACUUUGGUAUUACAAAUAUAGCGUGAAAAGUAAUUUAUUUCACGGUUGUUCAAAUUCAAUUAUGCACAGGUUUCUGAAAAGCAGGGAGAAAUGCUAUUUCUUAACUUUAUUUUUUUUUGCUUUAA